GUAUCUGAACCAGGAAGUACUUUCUAAUGCUCUAGCUAACUAGCUGCGUUUAGCUACAGCACAGAGGAGUUAAAGUUUGUUUUACUUAGAUUUAUGAGUCCAUUUACCGUUAAUGUGUAUUAAACACAUGCCUGGUAUCAUCGUGGUUAGCAUGCAGUUCUGUCCCUGAUAGGAAAGAAGUGAAAACUGUGUACAAUGGGAAUGGAUUUCUUACCACUCUGUGAUAGGCCACGAUAGGCUUGUCAAGUAAUGCAGGGGUUAUGGAAAGUCUAAUGAAUUCUGCGGAAGAGCAGCAGCCUUCCUCUCCACCGGGCAACUCAUGGUCCAAACAAGAAGAAAUAAACAAGAAUGAAACGCCAAAAUGUGUUGGUGGAUUUGUUCUAGUGCAUGCAGGAGCAGGAUACCAUUCUGAAUCUAAGGCCAAAGAGUACAAGCAUGUGUGCAAAAGAGCCUGCCAGCGGGCUGUGGACAGACUCAAAGCCGGGGCCCUCGCAGUGGAAGCAGUGGCCGCAGCACUGGUUGAACUUGAGGACUCUCCUUUUACAAAUGCCGGCAUGGGUUCCAACCUUAAUUUGUCCGGGGAAAUUGAAUGUGAUGCAAGUAUCAUGGAUGGGAAGUCGCUGCAUUACGGGGCGGUUGGAGCUAUAAGUGGUAUUAAGAACCCGGUCUUAGUUGCAAACCGUCUUCUGAGUGAAGCACAGAAAGGGAAACUAUCAGCUGGCAGAAUACCACCCUGCUUUUUAGUGGGGCGAGGAGCACAUGAUUGGGCCCUCGGACAUGGAAUACCACCGUGCCCUUCAGAGAAAAUGGCCACCAAGUUCAGUUUAUCUGCGUAUAAGAGGAACAAGCGAAAGAUGGAGCUGGCAGAAAAAAUGGACACUGGUCAUAAGCAUGCAAAGAAAAGACGACAAUCAAGUGAAACUGAAAAUGGUUCAGGGUGCCUGGACACGGUGGGAGCCGUGGUGGUCGACUCGGAGGGGAACGUAGCUGCGGCAGUGUCCAGUGGGGGUCUGGCCAUGAAACAUCCGGGCAGGGUGGGCCAGGCUGCUCAUUAUGGAUGUGGCUGCUGGGCUGAAAAUGCCUCUAAUAACCCUUACUCUACAGCAGUGAGUACCUCAGGCUGUGGAGAGCAUCUGAUUCGCACCAUGCUGGCACGGGAAUGCUCUGCUGCCUUGCAGUCUGAAGAUGCCCACAAAGCACUGCUGGAGGCUAUGCAAAACAAAUUCAUCAGCUCACCCUUCCUGGCCGGUGAGGAUCGUGUGUUGGGUGGAGUAAUUGUCCUGCGCUGCUGCAGAUGUGUGGAAUCUCCGCCAUCUCAAAAUAUUCAGGGUAUACUGGUGGAGUUCCUAUGGAGUCACACCACAGAGAGCAUGUGUGUUGGCUACAUGUCUGCCCAAGAUAGCAAGGCGAAGACACACAUAUCCAGACUGCCACCUGGGACCGUUCCUGGACAGUGCUUGGCCAUCGAAGGCGGUGUGUGUCGACUGAUGAGCGUGGCGGAGUGAGCCGCAUUUGCCCUCCUUCUGGGCUUUGUGAGCAAUACUCCAACACAAAACCCUUCCACCUAACACACACACACACACCGCCCUCACCUCCCCACCACCUUUGUGAUGCCAGAAGUAAUAUGCUUUAGUGUUUUAACAGGUGCCGAGGAGGGAGGGUGUUCGCUUCUACUUAGUGCACUUACAGGACUUCCCUUUGCCAAUGUCUGCCUCCAGCAUGUUCUCUAUACAACUUCCCCACACGCUCCAGUGUCACCUGGAUUAGACUUGAUGCACCAUUGCCUUGAUGCAUUUUUUCUUACUGUUAUCAAGUAACCUAGUGUUCCUUUUGUACAUAAGUUAUGGUUUAGGAAAACAGGGUGGAUGUUCAUGUUUUGUAACGCUGAACAGAUGUGACUUUUUCAAGCAUUUAGGAAUUUAAAAAGCAAGACCUUAUUUUAUUCCAAUGCACCUUGUGGAAUGUCUGCUACUCGAGGUUAUUGUUGAGUGAAGCGUUUAUAGCUGUGAGAGUUUAAAGGAAUGUACAAUGUAAACACAUACACAUGUACUUCCAUGUACACAUAUCGUUAUUAAUCCUCCAACAUACUGUAACAUGUAGCAUAAUGUGCAUCUUAGUCAAUGAUGAAUUGUAUAAUUAUUUCAGCCAUAGAAUGCUUUGCUUUUAUUGUUUUACAAUGUGAAUACUUAGCUAAUGCAUGAUGCAAAAUGUACAGAAAGCCUCUCUGACAGGUGUAAAGUUAUAAAGAAGGAGCAAGCUAUGCACUUCCAGAAUGAUGCUGACACAUAAACAUACAAAGUGCUCAGGUAGCAGCAUUUGAUCCCACCUCCAAACAUGACUUAGUCAUCAUUUAAAAAAUCGCAAUUUAUAUUUGUUUAGUCACAUCGACAGAGACGUAUUUUCUUGCUAAAAAAGAUCCUUAAAAAGUAAUUUAUGUAUAAAAACCCAUGAAUUGGUGCCGUUGAAUAGUACUUGACAGAAGUAAGGGUCUACAUUUCUGAUAACCAGUGCCUCUGGUUUUGCUGUUUCACUGCUGACUUCCAGUCUCAACAAAAAACAUAAUCGUGCUUGUUUACUCUUUACUUGAAAAUGCAACUAAUAUAAAAUGGUAUAAGCUAUGCUAACAUGUGCACAGCUCUCUACAGUGCUCAACAAGUAAAUAAAAUCUAUGUUGCUACAA